AUGCCGUACAGCCGAGGAUACCGCUCCACUGGACCCAGGUUCCCAGAGGGAGGGAAAGAGCCGCAGCGCGUCUUCUAUAGAGGCCAUCACCACGUGGAGGCGCACUGCAAUCACGUCAGAACGCUGUUUACCAAAUAUUGUCCAAAGAAGUACUGGGCAGUAGCGGCUCUGUUCAACAAUGACGCUCUCGCAAUGCUUCUCAACACCCAGAUCAAUCUGCAAGAAGUCGACACACCUGGUCCGGUCAUCGGCAGGGUGAUGUGGGAUGCAACUAAGACUUAUCUGAUAUCGCUCUUUAUCGAGCAGGGGAUUGCAACCUUGGAAAUCCAUUUUUGGUGCGACGCCAUUCCAGGCGACAAUUGCAACAUAGACCUUGGUGCGUAUGAAUUUUUGGUUGGUGACCUGAUCGCCAUGGUCAUAUACAAGUUUGAAUCCCAGGGACAGGGAGCUUAG